AUGGUGGACGAUGUGGACCAGCAACAAACUACCAACACAGCAGAGGAGCCUCUGGAUCUCAUUGGGCUCAGCCUGGAUGAAGGCAUUGAUGUGAAAAUGCGAAAUGACCGAGAGCUUCGAGGAGGACUGCAUGCUGAUGAUCAGCAUUUAAGUAUGAUACUGGGAGAUGUGGAAGAAACUGUGACUACUAUAGAAACUGAUGAAGAGACGUAUGACGAGAUAUAUAAAUCAACGAAAGGGAAUAUCCCAAUCCUCUUUGUGCGGGGUGACGGUGUUGUUCAGCCCCUCCGCUGAGAGUUGGCUGAAACCAAGAAUCUGUUCAGCGGGAGGAGAGGGGCCUCCUGAAUGGAGGCUGUGUUCCGAAGAGAAACCUACGUAAACUUUGAUGCUCAGAAGUAACCAAGGAUUGAUUCAUCCU